AAAUUAACUCAUUUCAGUCUGGAAUGUUUAGUUCAAAAAUUACCGGUUUUUGCAUUUAAAUCCAAUUUAUCGUUUUAAUGUGUCGAUAAGCCUCUCAGUCUUGCGUUUACGUUACGCAGUAUCGCGAUUACGUACUCAUCUGGCGUUUACGUUUGUUUUGGUUCGCGCAUGGAAAAUGCUAUAUGUUAGAGCGAGAUAUCAGCUCAGCUCUCUUCGCAACGUAAAAACUUGUCAACAGUCAAUGCAAUAAAACAUUAAAUUGCAGUGUAAAAUAAUUAUAAGAAAAAAAUAUAAUGGAAAGGUUAAUGGCAAGUUUCCAGCGACCUCAACUAGUCAAUGAGCUGAAGCAGAAACAGGCCAUAACAGAUCGUCUGCUACAGCGGAUACUCUAUUCAAAACGUCUACUGGUUGAUCAUGUCGAGGCGCUUGAGCAGUGCAUGCAACAGCACCCGACAGCGGCGCCCGGCCGGCAGUUGCUGACCACGCGGAAUGCCUGCCUACUGAUGAGCGGCACCGUCCUGCAGCACCUGGUAACGCCGCGUGGACUGCGACUGUCGCUGAUGCCCUCUGUCCUGCUGACGAGCACCUUUGGCGCCCUGUAUGCCGUCAAGAGCGUCUUUGUGUGCCGCAACAAAAUUGUUGAGCGCAAACUGGAGGAGCUGGUGAAGACCAUUGAUGAUUUUGGCAAUUGCAUAAGACGCAACAUGACCUACUUUCAAGAAAUUAUCAUUAUGAAACAGGCAGAGUUAAUUGAAUCACGACAAAUAGAGCGCGCCUGGGACUGCAUAACAGCGGCUAAGGAGGUAACCGAAAUACUCUACGAUGCCACACGAAAACUGGAAGUUGAUUAUCCCCUACCAGCCAAAUAUGGACCCUACUAUGCGCCCAUGGAGGAGCUGCGCGAAUGUGAAUACUUUAAGAACAAUGUCACGGACUACAGCCCGAAGCACAUUAAGGACUUUCACAACAUAUUCGCCUAUGUGCAGUCGCAGUAUUUGCUACGUCUGGCGCUCACCAUUAUGACUCGUCCAUCAAUUUCGCAGCUCAGCGAAGAUCUAGUGAAAAUAGACAAACUGAUGCGACAGCUUGUCCAGGAGGAGGAGCAGCAUUUCAAGAAUCUGUCGCUGGCCAUGCAAAACAAGAAGAAACUGGAGCUCGCCCAACUACACGCGGCCAAAAUCCAACAACAACCAAGCGGUCCCAUUGUUGUACUGCAGCAUUCAUCCCUGAAGCUCAGCGCCUGCAUGGUGGCCGUGGCCGGCGAGUGCCAGGCACUGGAUGUCACGCUACAACAGCUGACUGCAGCCGAGGCAGCCAACAGAAACAAUGCGGACCAGUUGGUGGCCGUGGCACACAAUAUGCGUGGCAUUGAGAAUGCUUUGGCCGUUUGUUGUGAUGAUUUCCAGCGCCUGAUGCUGGUCUACAACAAGUUUCUGAAUAGCAAAUUAGGGUUGGGCAUUGAUGAGCCCGGUAAAAAUAAGUCGCCAACCAAGGAGCAAGAGUUUCCGGAGAGCAUUUUGCGUGUGGAGUACUCGCAGAAUCCCGGCGAGCCGCAAAAGUGCGACGACUUCUAUGCAUAUAUGUACGAUGAGCUGGAAGCGCGACAGUACGAGAACGACCAUAAAGUACCAUAUUCCACACCCGAAAAGGAGCUGCUCAAUUUCGAGAAGCGCAUCACCAAGAGCAAAUUCAAGCCUGUGCUCAGGCAGCUCAAGGAUCGCAUAGAUCCCAUACGUCGUGUAAUGCUGGAAAAGGAACGCGAAGUGCUCACCGCCAAGGGCAUCAAUGUGGAUGAGCUGUUUGGCAAAGUGGAGCAGCCAGAACAGCCACAGGACAAUCGCCUUGAAAACGCCAAAAUUCACAGCGAUGACGAUGCCAGCGAUUCCGAAUCUGACUCAGCGGAUGAGGCAGCAGAUGUGCGCAGCAAGCAAAUUAAAGAACGCGAUAAUUUUGCCGAAAUGCGACAAUUUCUCGCCCAGAAAGCAGCCGUCAAUCUGUUCCAGCUGAAUCCACAGAUGCAUCAGUUGCUGCUCCAAAAAUCAGACGAUCAGCUGGCACGGCCAACGGCAGCUAUGGAGGAGGAGCUGUUAGAAAGCGAGUGCUAGACCCAAUUAGCUAGUGUUAGUCACAUUAUCUCUAUGCUUAUCAUUUCAUCUAUGAAAUGUAUGAGAUAAGCGGCCCAGCUGCGUCAGAAGCGCCUUCAACAACACCUUUUUAUUAACUUCAGAUUGUUCCCAUUUUUAUUAUAUUUUUUUUUCUCCCCCUUUACAUUUAAAAUCAUGCAAAUUAAUAAACCAGUUUACAGACAA